AUGUCGACGCUCGCGCCCCACCCUCCAGGGUUUCAGCGGAGCGUGCGCGCGUGCCGCGCGGUCGCGGGCGCCGUUCUCGUCGCGACGUUCGCGCGCCUCGAAAAAGUCGACGCCGCCAUCGCGUCCUUCUGGUCGCGCGCGAGAGACACCGCGUUCGUGCGAUGGGACUCCUUCGAGCCCGCGCUCGUGUUGACGACGUUCACGCUCUGUCUGCUGACGUAUUGGGCGCUCGACGAAUGCGCGUCGUGCCCGCUCCGCGCGUAUCGACUGCAGCCGAUUCCCGUCGCGGCGCGCCGCGAGCGCGACCGCGACCGCGACCGCGCGCGGAAGACGAAGACGCGCCGCGAAGGCGACCGCGAAGGCGAAGGCGAAGGCGAGGGCGGCGAGACGCACGAAGCGCGCUCGAGGGAGAUCUGGACCCCCGACUUUCGCACGCGCGACGGGUUCCAGGAGUUCGCGCUCUAUCUCGUCCCGCUCCUGGUCUUCGACUGGCUCUAUCCGCGCCGCGCGCUGCCGGUGGCGCCCCCCUCGACGUGUCGGCUCGCGCUCGACGUCGUCGCGUCCCUAGCGGUGUACGACGCGCUCUUCUCCGCGACUCACCGCGCGAUGCAUCGACACCCGGCGGUGUUUCGACGCGUGCACGCCAAGGACUUUACGGUUUGGUUUCGAUCCCGACACACCUCGACGCCUUUCGACUCCACCCCUGACGCCUUUCGACUCCGCCCCGCCUCGACCCCGCCGACCCCGACGCACGCGAAGCACCACGCCAACGCCGACGUCCGCGCGCGCGACGUCUUUCGGCUGAGCGCGGCGGAGGAAGUCGUCGACGUGGCGUGUUCCGUCAUCGCGGUGAACAUCACGCGCGCGCACCCGCUCUCGCGCGCGGUGUACAACGUCGUGAUCGUCGCGCUGCUCUGCGCGAUUCACUCCGGGUACGACUUGCCGUGGGAUCUCUGCAACUUGAUCCCCGGAAACGUUUUCAUUGGGAGCAGAGAGCACGUGUGGCAUCACGAGACGGGCCGCGGACGCUACGCCAAAUUUUUCGCCGUCUUCGGCUGA